AUGGCUUUAUUCCUUACCUUGAUGAUUAUUUUGGGCUUAUGUUUAAUAUCUACACUUGCCGAGCUCCAGCGUCUUGAACACUCACCAAACGCAGAUGGGUCACUUAGCUUUUUGGUCGUAGGAGAUUGGGGCAGAAAAGGGGCUCAUAAUCAAUCUGAAGUUGCUCACCAGAUGGGAAGGGUUGGAUCAAAGCUCAACAUAAAUUUUGUUAUCUCAACUGGGGAUAAUUUUUACGAAGAAGGGCUGAAGGGUGUUGAAGAUACAGCUUUUGAAGAGUCAUUUACCAAGAUAUACACUGAUAAAAGCUUACAGAAACAAUGGUACAGUGUUUUGGGGAACCAUGACUACAUGGGCGAUGCGGAGGCAGAACUGAGCUCAAACCUUACACUCAAAGAUACCAGAUGGCUGUGCUUGAGAUCUUACAUUGUUAAUGCUAAAAUUGCAGAGUUUUUCUUCAUCGACACAACCCCUUUUGCUGAUGAAUAUUUUACUAUCGACCCAUCAGAAGAUCAGGUCUUUGAUUGGAGAGGUGUUCUCCCUAGAAAAAACUAUACUUCAAACCUUCUUAAGGAUGUAGAGUCAGCUUUGAGAGCUUCAGCCGCAAAGUGGAAGAUCGUCAUUGGUCACCACCCUAUUAGAAGCUUCGGGACUCAUGGCGACACCCAAGAGCUUGUAGAGCAGCUUCUUCCCAUUCUUCAGGCCAACAAUGUUGAUAUGUACAUGAAUGGGCACGACCAUUGCCUGAUGCGCAUCAGUAGCCCAGUAAGUCCAAUCCAAUUUUUGACUAGUGGGGCUGGUUCAGAAGCGUGGAUUUGUGAUGCUGUCUUGAACAGAGAUGGAGUGAAAUUCCACUACCCCGGCCAAGGUUUCAUCUCUGUGGAGAUGACUCAGACUCAUGCCAAGGUCGUGUUCUAUGAUGUCUUCGGCAAAGUUUUGCACAGUUGGAGUGCAUCCAAGAAGUUGUUGCAUUCCUCAUGGGUAUCAAAUUUGUUGUUGAGUUGCAACUUGACAAUAUGGCUUUUGCUCUUAUUGGUGGAUUCCUCAAACCCCCAACCUGGUGUGUUAAAACUAUUAUUGAAGAGUAUGGGUUUGUAA